CCCCUUGUCACAUUUUCGUCUCCCUUCAAUUCAAAAAGAUCCCUGAUGCGACUGCGCUUCUGCCUGGCUUACUCGUAGUGAUCAUGCAGCAAUCAGUCAAAACUCCACAUUCAAAGUCUCGCAAUGGGUGCCUCAGGUGCAAAGCAAGAAAGGUUAAAUGCGAUGAGCAGAAGCCGGCCUGCAUUCGUUGUGAGGACCAAAAAUACGAAUGCCCAGGAUAUGCACUCAACGUACGUUGGUCACAAAAGCACCAGACACGACCAAAUAUUAGCGAGAGCCCUUUACGACAGAGGAAGGCAAAAAGUCGUGUGAACGUUGCUUCCAAUUCAGUAGCCGAAGGCUUUCACCAGAUGAGCGGAUGGCUUGAUCCUCCAUCUCAAUUGGACUUCCUCAUGCCAGCCGACAUAUUCAGCGUUGACAAUAUAUCGCAAGACCUCCUGGGGGGCGAAUCCUCGCCGCGGAUCAACGACAACAUACUAGAUUCGCCUGGCGGGAACUUGACAGUCUGGACUCUCCCUGAGGACUCAGGGUCAACAUUCGAUGUCGAGGAACCAAUGGGAGUGAUUGGACAGUUAUUUGGUGAUUCCAUAAGCCACUCGAUGUUUCAAUCUGAGAACCCAAUGCGGGAAGAACAAUCCCUCGUCCAGACUCGUCAUCCAUGCCUCGACCCGCACCCUCGAAUGUCCAACACCCCAACCACUCUAUCUGAAUAUUUUUUCCGCGAAGUCAUUACUCUUUACUGUUCCUGGGAUAGCGAACUCAAUGUCAUGCGCAAUAUCAUUGAGAAAAUGUGGCAGUCUUCCGGAGUGCUCUACCAUACAAUCCAGAGCAUGGCUGCAGCAUGUUUGUCAAAAGACUUCCCGCACUUGCUACCAGUUGCUCGCGAAGAACGUUCACAAGCACUGCAUCUUGUGAAAACCAGACCUCAAGAGGUGGAGAAACAAGUAAUGCUGCUUGCAUCUAUGCUUCUUGGCCAUACCUCGAGCUGGUUGAGCCCGCAUAAUCUUGCAACCGAGACCUUUCGAGCAAGUCAAAGCAUACUGGAUGAAAUUGCUACUGAGAAUAGUAACAGCUCGGAGAUGUCCUUCUUCAGAGACACCAUGGACUAUUGGGCUAUGCUUCUGGUCUAUCUCACGGAUAAGAACGAGCUAGGAGAGUACCGUCGAGAGGUACGUGUUGGACCACCAAACCUGACGAAACCGAUCGAGCCACAUCCUUAUUCUGGCAUUUCACAAGAUAUGGUUCGUGCACUGACGAAUACGGGGAUACUCAUAUUCCAAUAUCGGAAACACAUGUCAACUAUGAAAUUCAUGACUGAAAGCGACCUUGAUAUCUUCAGAGCUGCAUUGCGGGAAGGCAGACGGUUGGAACGCAUGUUCCUAGCACACCAGGUGCCAAACACGUUCGAGACCAAGAACCCUGGCGAUCCGAAGACACCACUAAAGCAUCUGGAGCUUAUGGAUGAAGCGUAUCGAUGUACAGGAUUGUUGCAGCUCUACCGCGUCUUUCCCGAUCUUCUGAACGAAAGAUAUUCACCUUGGAACAAGGAUCACAUUUUACGACCUUUACCAGCACAUCACGUGCCGACAAAGCAGGAGAGGCAACUAUGGCUGACAAAGUUUGCUUUGCAUAUCCUUGGUGUCUUGGAAGACAUUCCGUUUGAGUCAAGGACUCGCAGUGCCCAGCCGUUUGUUAUGGUCGCCAUAUCGGGUGAGCUGAGGCAGAAAUCUCACAGUCUUCAAGGGUCUGAAGUCUCUAUGACAGAUCCCGGCAUGCUGAGCAUUGACGGUGUUUCUAUCGAAGUAGCCCGUGCUCGUAAGUUUGUGAGCUCCCGGCUGUCAGCAUAUACACAUAUCUUGCCCUUACGAAAGAGCCAAGUCAUCUUGGAGCUCAUCAAUCAAGUUUGGUCAGCGAUAGAUGAGGGACAGGAGGAUGCUUACUGGUUGGAUAUUGCUUACGAGAAGAAAUUAGGCACAAUGAUGGGGUAGUGUAGUUGGUGGUUAAAGUUACAUUAAGGGAGUUCAUGGUACUAUAGACUAUUCUAUUUCACU